AUGACAAUUAAAGAGGAUCAACAACUCAGUAACUCUGAGUACUUGGAUAGCCGCUAUGUUGCCUCUAAUGGAGAUGACCCUAUACAUGAGUGGUUCCGCUCAUUUGAGCAUCUUCAGCCAUUCCUUGGAAAGAACCUCCUUGAGCAACCAGGUCGUGCCGCUCAGGACAACCCAAAAGUUCUCCAUCUAGGCUCUGGAGACAGUGUUGUUCCUGCUGAACUCGCUGGACGAGGCUAUAAAGACCAGCUAUGCGAUAUUGCUGGCAUUGAGUGGAAGAGAGUCGAUGUUCGCGAUAUGCCAACGGUUAGCACCGGCUCGAUUGACGUUGCGUUUGAUAAGGGAACAUUGGAUGCCAUGAUUUACGGCAGUCCUUGGAGUCCACCUGAUGAAGUGAAAGAGAACACAAGUAGAUAUCUGAAGGAAGUUCACCGUGCGCUGAAAGACGACGGAGUGUUCCUUUACAUCACAUUUAGACAGCCUCACUUUAUGAAGUUACUCCUAAACCCGGAUAAUAUUUGGAAUAUGGAGAUGGAAGUUUUGGGAGACGGUGGAACUUUUGAUUACUACGGAUACGUUAUUAGAAAGUCAAAGCCUCAAUAG